CUGACGCGGAAAUACAUAGGACAGUAAAUAGGCAUUAUACAGCAAGUUUUUUGUAUCAUCUCCAAAUACGCGCUGAACUCACUGAGGAACGAACCAUGAUUGACACAACUGCAGGCUACAUCUCAACAUUGAGUGACAGAACGUGAUGGUUUCAUACGGCGUUGUUUUGUGUGUCGCCGUUGGUAUUGGUAUGGUCACACAGGCUCGGACAGUCGUGACUAUUUACCCACACUCUGCCGUCGUACCUGUUGGGAGCCGAUUUGAAUUUGAGUGCAUAUCUAACCCGCAAUCGCCAUCUAUACGUUGGCAUUUACAACAAGAAGUCCAUACCCGCAUAACACUAGAUAACAGUUUGGAAUAUUUAGAGAUCGUAACACACUCUCCACCAAGAGACCCACCUGUGACCAUCAGUGCGUUGAAAAUCGACCAUGUUGAGAGCGUGCGAGAUAGCGGAAGUUACAUAUGCAGUGACGUCAGCGGCUCCUCGUUCACAGCAUUAUUAACUGUACAUGAUCGUCCUUAUCUUAGAAUGACGACAUAUCCGGAAAACCCAAUGAUAGCGGUCGGUACAGCUAGCAAUAUAACAUUAUACUGCGAUGCCAAUGGAGAGGAUGUGAAGUGGAGAAAAAACGGUGUUGACAUUGAUGGCAGCGGUGAGCUUGAUCUUGAUGGCGAUAACGACGAAGACGUCCAUCUGCAGGCCAACAAUACUUUAAUGAUAACCGGAAGUGACGUAACGGAUGCUGGAUUGUAUGGCUGUUACAUUGAAUAUGUUGUAGAUGAUGUGCAAUUGGAAGAGAAUCGUACAGUAGACAUACAAGUUCGAUUGCAAGUGAUAGGACCCAACAGUACGGUAUACGCCAUGCCCGGUCAGACAGUUAGUCUACAAUGCACGGUAUACAGUAUCCAUCAAAGUAGUGAUCAUUUAGUAUGGGUUUAUGAAAACACUGGUGAAACUGUGGCUACUAUAUAUCCUACUGGGCAUAUUGCUACUGCUGAAGGAUAUGGUCUUGAUACAACGAAACCUAAUAGAUACGACUUGAUUAUAUAUGAUGUUGACUCAAAAAACAAGAAUGGUGACUAUGAUUGUUAUUUGAGUCAGAACGUAGACCCAGACGGAAAAGUAGGAACAGUUACUAUCACAAAGACAAACUAUGGAUUACGACAACAAAAUAAAAAAGAAGAUAAUAUGCCUCGUGAUGUCGAGAUGGCUCCUGAUAUCACAUCAAUAACUCGUAUUAGAAUGGAUACCAGAAAACAGGAUGCUUGUAAAACAACGGUGUCAGAUCUUGAUGUGUGCAGAGUGUACAAGACGCCCAGUCGAAGCAUUUCAAGUCCAUAUUAG